AUGGCCAGAUUGAGAUCAAGUGAUGGUGACGUUUUUGAAGUCGACUUGGGCACGGUGGCCUUGAGCCCCGUCCUUUCGAGCGUGGCAGAAAUGGGAGACGGUGACGAGGUUCCGCUGCCCCUGGUGGACAGCAUCUCUCUGCGAUGGGUUCUUGCACACUGCCGUGAGCACCAUGCACAGGGCAAGUGGGUCCUGAGCAAGAAGCUUUCCAGUGGAGGGCCUGGUGACUUGGAGCGACUGCUUUGGGCGGCUGAUUUCCUGGCAUUGGAUCGUUUGGUCUCUCUUUGCUUGGCGAAGCUGGCCAGCUUGCUUCAGGAGCGGCAGGGCACGAAGAUCUCGCUGCGAGCCUUGUGUCGCUGCUUGGAGCUUAGCCUGAAGCCGGAACCGAUGAUGGCCGUGCUAGAGGCGCUCCAGGAACAGGCAGCUUGUGGUGAUGAAACUGCCUUAGCCGCCCUCAGCAGAUGCCAGGGGCAUGCUGCGGCAGCAGUGAGGCUCGCAACGGUGCGAGCUCUCGAAAGGCUAGCUCCCAGGGGCCACGCUGCUGCGACACGCUUGCUUCAAUCCCGUUUGCAGCUCGAAGCUGUUGAAGACAUUCAAACGCUCAUCCUGCGGGCGUUGGCAAACAUUGGCACAAGAUUGACGCAACCAUCACCGCCACAAGCCUUGUACAGCAUCCUGAGAUUUCUUGGCUCCCACUACUCGGUUGUAACUCGGGAAUCGGCGGCCCGUGCGGUAGGGGCUUUGGCAGAAAUCGGAAGCGCACAUGCCCUGGCUGCUUUAAUUGGAUCACCUCCGGCUUACCUUCGACAAGGAAUUACGGACAGCAGCCCUCUUGUGCGCCGGCAGGCUCUCCUGUCUCUUCAGCAAAUGAUGGGGGACUGCAGGAGCAUCCAGGUUCUCACUGCAGUUGCCGCCAGACUUCAGGACACGGACGGCAUCGUGCGACAGGAAGCAGUCAAGGCCGUGGCGUUGCUUGCCAGGCAGGGCGAUUUCCUUGUGAUUCAAGCAGCCCUGGCUUGCUUAAGCCAUGACUGCCAAUGGGCAUUCGGCGCCGGCGUGCAGACCCUACAGCUGGUGGGUCGCGGCGAUGCCUUCGCAAUAGCUGGAGUUCUUCAGAGAAUGGCCAACCCCAGAACACGUGUCCCUGCUGCUCAGGCGUUGCUUCAAAUCGCCACGAUGCCGGAGGCCCUUAGAUCAUGUAUCUCGUGCUUGGAGAACCCAGAAACGCGAAGCUCUGUCCCGGAGUGUCUGGCAAUUCUUCUCCGCCAGUGUCAAGCUCCAGUAGGCUUCGUCGCCGGCCGUCUCGUCCAAUACCUCUGCCACAAAACGUUCGAGGUUCGCUGUGUGGCACUGGCUGCGUUGAAAAGCUACCACCUGGCGGGCAAACGGAUUCCUGUCAUAGCACUCCGUGGAAUCGGGUGUCGCUUGCUGGACCGACACCAAGCUGUGCGUGCAGCCGCGACCGAUCUGGCCCAAGCAUUUGGCCCGGAACAGCGACUUCGCCUCCUGUUCCCGCUGACAAAGCAUCUGGCGCAUCCGAGUCAGGGAAGGCGGCGGCUGGUUCUCCGCGCUUUUUUGAGACUGGCGACCCCAUGGGAUGAGCGCUAUGUGCAGCUCCUCAUUCCCAACUUGAGAAGCCACCACGUCUACUCGCAGAAAGCCGGCGUCGAACUGAUACAGAAAUUAUCAAGCGGCCAUGAACAUUGUGGCAUUGAGAAGGCACUGCUCUUGCUGCAGGAAAAGUGUACCAGUGCGCGGCAUGGUGGCAUUAGACUGCUGGCCUGCAUGCUGGCCCUGUGCUGCAACGAUCAGCGUUACGUUCCUCCGGAGCUGCUGCGAUCUUCGGCCGGUGCGUUGGUGGCGGGCAUCCGAUCAGCGGACACUUUUCAGCGGCGCACAGCCGCAGCGUGCGCGCCAAGCCUUUCUGCAUUGAUGAGUGCAUCCGUCGACUUGGCUGCACCGGUUGUCGUGUGGCUCAAUGCUCUGGCUGCCGGCCUUGUCGACUCGAGCAGGUCUAUCCAGCUUUGUGCGGCAGCGGCUCUGCAGCCGUUGAUCGUCAAGGCCAAUGUUCACAGCCAGCUGGCCUUAGAAGUGAUGAUGCGUGCUAUGCAGCAUCAAGACUGGAAGGUGCGCUGGACUGCCGCAGCAGUUCUUUUGCAAGUCCCUUUGGCUGGCCCUGUGAGCUCAAAUUCGCCAAAGCUCUCUGAAGCGAUGAGAUGUGAAAUCCGAGCGGCCACCCGCCGCUUGAGCGAAGAGCAGGCAGUCCGAGCCCGAGCUGUACGCGAUGUGGCUGACUAUGUGCUCGGCCGCCUUGACCCGGGUCUUCUGGGCGACCACCAGCUUUGCGUUCUGGCCCUGAGAGCCUCUGCGCAGACUCCAGAUGGCUUGGUCCAGUCUGCGGCCAGCCGUGCGGACGCACCAAGCUUCUUUGCAGAGCCUCUAAAGAUGGGGCCUGAGCAGCCCUUGAAUCUGGAGUGA